UUCAAACUAUAAUAUCAUUUAUAAGAUGUGUGUAUUACGCGUACUAUUCGUUUUUCUAUUUAGAUUGAUGUUGUUAAAUGUUUGUUUUCAUAAAAUCAUAAGUUAUUAACUUAAAACUAAUAACAUCCGAUAAAAGUAUUAUUUAAUUACAAUUUUAAGAUGAAAAAUAUUAGUUUAAUUUCGGAUGUUUCGACGCAGAAACGACAAUUAGAAACAACAUUUGAUGGAAACUCUCAAAAACGUUUUCACGUUGACGAUGAUAAUGAUUUUUUUGGUUUGCCACACAAAGUAAAACAUUUGUUUAAAAAGCACAAAAGAAUUACACAGCUUUAUGAUUGGCAAAUUGAAUGUUUGAAUUUAGAAGCGAUAAAAACUAGAAAAAAUUUAAUUUAUGCUUUGCCUACAAGUGGUGGAAAAACACUUGUAGCAGAAAUUCUUAUGCUUAAAGAACUCAUACUUUAUGAACGUAAUGUUAUAUUUAUUUUGCCAUAUGUUGCCCUAGUUCAAGAAAAGGUGCAAUCCUUAUGUCCAUUUGGGCUUAACUUAGAAUUCAAUGUUGAAGAAUAUGUUGGUGGUAAAGGGAAACAUCCUCCAAUUUAUCGUAAACGUAAAUCAUCAUUAUAUGUGUGCACUUUAGAAAGAGGAGCUGGACUAGUUGAUUGUAUGUUGUCUGAUAAUGGUCAAUUAGGUGGACGGAGUGUUGGAAUGAUUGUUGUUGAUGAACUGCAUCUUCUUGGGGAACAAAAAAGGGGUGCUUUAUUGGAAGCUACUCUUACAAAAGUUUUAGAUUUUAAGCAGUCUAAGGAUAAUAUUCAGAUAAUUGGUAUGUCAGCUACAAUUGGAAAUAUGCAAGAAAUAGGUGACUUUUUAAAUGCUCACGUAUAUACAAGAGAUUUUAGACCUGUUAAGCUCACUGAAACAAUAAAAUUGAACGAAAAAAUAUUUGUGAUAAAUAAAGAUAUUGAUGGUUCUUUAAAAAUUAAACUUGAUAGAAAAUUAAAUUUUGAAGAUUAUUCAACCAAUUUGAAACAAUUAGACCCCAGUGGUAUAGGCCUACUAGUUCGUGAAAUAUUGCCACAUGGUAGCUGUUUAAUUUUUUGUCCUACCAAAAGUAGUUGUCAGAGUAUUGCCAAAAUUAUCUAUAAGACAAUUGGAUGUGAAGAAACACAAGUUAAACUUAAACAAAAAGAACAACUGUAUAAAGCAUUGAAAGAAGAAGGUGACGGUAAAGUAUGUCCUUUAUUAUCCAGAAGUAUCCUCUUUGGAGUCGCAUAUCAUAAUUCAGGCUUAACAAAUGCUGAACGAAAACUGAUAGAAGAAGCUUUUCUGGAUGGUAUUCUUAAAUGUAUUUGUUGUACAUCAACAUUGGCAGCUGGUGUAAAUCUUCCAGCUCAAAGAGUUAUAAUAACAUCGCCAUAUGUUGGACGAGACUUUAUGAAACAAAGCACAUACAGACAGAUGGUAGGACGUGCUGGUAGAGCAGGUUUGACAGAAAGUGGUGACAGUAUACUGUUAUUUCAAGAAAAUGAUAAAGAAAAGAUAAAAGUAUUACUAGAAAGUGGUGUUGAACAUAUUUAUAGCUGCCUCGGGACAGAAGAAAAUGUAGUUUAUUCAAUGAUAUUAAGCUCUGUAAGUACAGGGUGUACAUCUAGUCAACAACAACUGGUAGACUUGAUGAAGCGUACACUUUUUAUUCGACAAGCUGAGAAAAAUAACACUGAAUGUACAGUUGCAUCAGACCUAGUAGAAUCAUGUUUAGAUAAAUUAAAAUCAAUAAAUGCAUUUGAUAAGCCAAUUGGAGAUAAAUUAAAAUUAACAUCAAUUGCAAAAGCUGCAGUAGCUGCCAACUUGGACAUAUUAGAAGCUCAAAAAUUAUAUGCAGAAUUAUUGGAAGCCUCAAGUGCAUUAAUAUUGACUAAUAAACUUCAUUUAUUAUACUUGGCUGUUCCUUAUACAGAAUGUAUCACAAUAGAACGUCAGAAUGUUUUAGAUAUAAUGACAAAUUUACAAGGAGAUCAACAAGUUUUGGCUAACCGAUUAGGAUUAAAUGAAUUAUGUAUAUCACAAUUCUUUAGUUAUGGAAAAAUCAAAAAUGUAUCUGAAAGUAUUUGGAACAAGUUUCUCAUGAGUUUGAUUUUGAACGAUUUAUGGAAUAAAGAAUCUAUUUGGACAGUGUCUAAAACAUACAACUUGCCAAGGGGAACAAUACAUUCAUUCUUAUCAAGGACUGCAUCACAUGCUUCUUCUAUAUUAAGAUUUACUGAGGCAUUAAAUGAUAAAAAAUUGGAUCAUUUCCCAAUGUUAUUUCAAAAUAUUGUUCCUAAACUUAACAUUGGAAUAUUGGGAAGUUCAUCAGAUCUUGAAUCAUUAAUGAGUUUGCCAUCAGUGAGAUUUGGUAGAGCAACUCAACUGUAUAAAGCUGGCUAUAAAACAUUGAAUGAUGUAGCGAAAGCAAAUAAGAAAGAAUUAUGCAAUGUUAUUAAUCAUUUACCACUAAAAGUAGCUCGUGAGAUGAUUGCUUCUGCUAAACUUAUGUUGUUGUCGGAAGCAGAAGCACUAGAAGAAUUGGCUGAAAGUUUGCGUGCAGAUUUAAACCAAUCUAUGUCAAAAAAUAAAGACAAUUCAUUAUGGUUCUAGAGUUUAUCUUGCUUUAAUUGCUAAACCUUUCCAACAAGAAGACUAGUCUUAUUGUAGUCCACAUAUUAAAAUCUACAAUGUUACUUAUGAAACUGAUCAAAAGACAGUGAAUUUUAAAGAAAACUUAUUUUUGUAUGUUUAUUUUGUUUAAUUUUAGU